AUGGCGUGCUUCGGACUGGUGGUAGUUUUGGCGAUGUGUUUCGUUCGGACUGUGUACAGCGUAGGAUAUAUUGGCAAAAGACCCCCGUCCCAAGCCGCCUGCUAUUACGAGGAUAUAAAUGCCGCUCAUUUCAGCUACGAACGGGGUUUCUGCGAAGGACAUUCUCCUCACUUUGAUGUCAAUGUAGACAAUUAUUAUGAGGAUAACAAUAUUAUUCUGACUCAUGUCCCCGGAAGGCCGAGCUACAAGAAGUACAUCUUUGCCCAACUUCACGUGCAUAUCGGCCACGAGGAGGACAAAGGGUCAGAACACUCAAUCAACGACAGAUUCUACCCUAUGGAGGCUCACAUGGUCUUUUACGACAGUAUGUAUUCAGACAUAGGCCAUGCAAAGUUCGCCCGCGACGGUUUGGUUGUUUUGGGCGUUAUGUUGGAGCCUGACAAGAAGGAAAGUGAGGAUUCUGACGAUUCUGAUGAAGACGACGAUUCUGAUGAGGAUGAAGAUGAAGACAAUGGCAUAAAUGAUAAUGGAAAGAAUAGAAGAAAUAAAGACGGUCUUGGAUGCUCAAGUCUUGGCGAUGACGAUCAAGGCUUUUUCAGAGGAAGACUAUACAAAGGGCAUGGUGAAUGCAGAGUGCGGUUUGCUAAAACAUUAAGUAAAAUUAUGGAGAAAUACUAUAAAAAGAUUAAAAAACACAAUGCUGCUGAACCAGAUACAGGCGGUUCGGACAAACCUCCCGAUGAUCUUCAAUGUGGAAAAACACCGAGUUAUAAUUACAUUAAUAACAACUGUUUCAAAAGAGAGACCCAUCAUGAUGAUAUGGUGAAUGUAGAGUGUGGGAUUUCCCCGGCAGAUGUCCUUCCAUACGAUCAAAGAUUCUACACGUAUGCCGGAUCUUUGACCACUCCACCUUGUUACGAAACUGUUCAAUGGAUUGUCUUUAAAUGUCCUGUAAGAGUGUCAAACAAGGCUUUUAAGAGACUACAAGAAGUCGAGGAUUCCCACAAAGACCCACUUAAAAUGUUAGGCAUUCGCAGACCAAUUCAGACUAAUUACAACAGAAUCGGAGUUAAAGAAGCUGCUGGGCCCAAACUCUCUGAAGAACAGCUUAAUCUAUUGGAAAAAUCAUGGAAUUCUAUCAAAGUAAACAUCGCCAAUAUCGGUGUCGUUACAUUUAUAAAUUUAUUCCAAACCCAUCCAGAGGUACAAGACGCUUUUCUUCCAUUCCAACAAUUGUCGAUGGAAGACAUGGAACACAGUGCUGUCUUACGAUCACACGCCCUCCGUGUCAUGGGAACAGUUGAUAAAUGUCUUACCCGGAUACGUACGCCGCUAAAACUUCAGAAACUAAUGCACGAAUUGGGGGAAAGGCAUGUCCAUUAUAACGCCAAAUAUGAUUUCAUAGAUAUGGUGGGAAGACAAUUUGUACACGCCAUACAACCUCAUCUUCAGGACACCUGGAAUAAAGAUCUAGAAGAGGCUUGGUCUCAGCUUUUUAGGGUCUUGUGUUACCAUAUGAAGAAAGGAAUGGUAGACACAAAUGCAAAUGCAGAUUAA